UUUCGUCUCUCGCGCAAGCAGGAUUACAUCAAUUCUGACAUUCACAGUGGUUACCACGUGCUUUAUAUCAUUAAUAUCAAUACCCAAACCAAGUAUCAACUAUAGCUACACUUUUUAUUAUCAACCUUAUUUGGCGUUGUCAUCAACAAGUUUGGCGACUUGAUAAAUUUUUUUUUGAUCUAGUAAUUAAUUAUACUUUGGUGAAAAAUGUGAUGAAUGUUAAUAAUGAUUUUUAUUUGAUCAAUCAUUACAUCUGGGAAGAAAAGAAAAAUAAUUAUGAUAAUGAAUUUUAUUUCUGCCAAUUACAUGUGUGCUAAUGGAAAUGAAAAUUACUUGUGGUCUGUGCAAAAAACCCCAACUGUGUAUGUGUCGAAUCAUCAUAGCCAUAAAUGGUUCUGGUUGGCAAGCGAAUGCGUAUAUAAUCUAUAGGUCAGUGAAAUCGUGUAGGACGCAUGUGCUGUUUGGUAAUACGAGGUCGGUUUUACGUCAAAGACGCGUAACACCGAGAUAUAAAAAUAAUCAGCAAUGUGUUGGUGGUGAUUCUUAUUUGCAUAGAUAGACACUCCCUAAGUCUCAAUAAGGUCUUAGAGCGUGGGUCUUGAGUACUUGUUAUUGCUUUUAUGCUAAGAACCUCCUAUGCUAGGAAAGCCAUUUCUCAUCUUUCUGCUCUAGAGCACGGUCGCCUUGAGAAUAAUAACGAGCAGUCACAGUCAGUUUGAGAAUUAUGAAUUUAGUAGAUAAUAUUGAAUAAAAAUGUGUCCAUUAAGCAAGUAAGAAUUCUCUUGUAUGUUAUUAUUAUUACUUUAUUGUCAGUGUUUAUUACUUGAAGAGCGCAUGUACACAACUCGGACGUUUGCAAGACACUGCUGGAAGUGGGUAAGGAUUCGUGGUCAUUUUUAUGUGUUGGACAUUACACUGGAAGAAGCAUCAGGACUGAGACGAUAAUAGUAUGUUAGUUACUGGUAUGAGGAGAUUAUGCAGGGUAGGACUUGCAGCAGCCCUUGUAACCGCUCUUUGCGUACUCACUCUUGUUGAUAUGCCUCUUCAGCUUCCAGAACUGCCGACGGAUUUAGCUCCUACAACAGCAGGAAGUGAGCCUCCAGGUACUCGGAGUAUUGUGGCAUAUUCAUGGGCGCGAAGAUUGGCGCUGGAUUAUCGGCCGUCACGAGAAUGUUCAACGAACGAGACAGUAUCAAGUCCAUCGUUGACAAACACAUCGAACCAAGUGGAGAAAACGUGGCUGGAAACUAUUCCCGGCCGUUUAUUUCUCUACUCUAGCCACUUGGAUAUUAGAGUAGUUAGGUAUCCAAGCGUCCGAGUGAUUGGCGUUAAACGAGAGCCGGCAGUGUCUGGAGUUCUCUUCUGCACUAUUUGGCAAGAGGAUCACGAGGGAAUGCGUUCCUUCAGCAUGGAAGCUCUGGUAUCAGACAUCUGGUUGGAUGAGUGGGGUGGCACAUCAACAGGCUAUACGGGUAUCCUCAUCACUUGUCCACUGCCAGACUCAGGAACUCGUCCUUCUCGAGUAUUCGUCGGUCUCACUGCCUGCUAUCAGAAUACUAGUCAUAGUUUAAUUGUCAAACAAGUAGAAAAUGUGACACGUGAAAGCGAAUUUACAUUGUGUAUCAAGGGUUUGGACUUUGAUGAAGACAUUAGUGAGAGGCUUAUAGCUUUUUUUGAACUCUCUAGAAUUCUUGGUGCAAGUAUGUUUUAUGUUUAUGUUUUCAAUGUUCAUGAGAAUGUAACUAAGGUUCUUAGGCUGUAUGAAAAGUCAAAUGUUGUGAGAUGGUUUCGUUUCAAUCUUCCGGGAGAUUUACCCAAUGAAGUUAAAGCCAGAAGAAGACUCUUCAGCAAAAAUAUCUGGAUGAAAAGAAGAAUGGAACUAAUACCUUACAAUCACUGUUUCUAUGAUAAUCUCUAUAGCUCUGAAUUCAUUGUCCCAAUUGAUAUUGAUGAAAUGAUAAUCCCGAUAAAUAAAAGAACGUGGUCUGAAGUACUUCAGAGUGAACGAAAAAAAGCUGGUAAAUCCUUUAAUGACUAUGCUUCUUAUGCUGUAAGAAAUGUUUAUUUCUUUCCGGAAUUACAAAAACAAGUAAUAAACAAUAGAAAAGCAGAAACCAUUGGUAAUGACUCUGAGUUUCUCAAUUAUUUUCACACUCUGAGGACAUCAGUUGUUUCACCGGAAGGCGACUCAGUUAAGAGUUUUGUGUCCACAGAGCGUGCACUUACUAUUCACAAUCACUAUGCUUUGACAACUUUGAAUCCAUCUGCUAGACGGGCAUAUCAUCUAGAUCCGCAGGAAAUAUUAAAACAUCAUCACAGACAUUGUGACAGUGAUUUUCUUGAUUGCAAUCUUAUGAUGCGUGAUGUUACAAUUGAUGAAUCUGUACUCAAAUAUUUGAAUGAAUUUAAGGCCAGAGUCAAACUUACUUUAACUUACUUUGAUGCUAUGAUGUAAUUGUAUGUAAAUUUCUUGGUAUUAUUAAAGUAAAUGAAUUUUUUCUGUUAAAUGUGUUUAAUAAUUUUGUUGGAAUAAAUGGUGGAGAGUGUUAAUUGAUAUUUGCUGUGAUAAGAUCAAAUUUUAUGUGUAAAAUUAAAAAAUUAAACAAUAAAACGAAUGUUAGCGUUACGUAAAAAACC